CUUCCCCUUCCUCCUCUCUCCAGCUCCCGGCUCAAGCUUAUAGUACUGUAAAUCCCCCCGAUCCAUAAUGGCGACCCGUCUGCAAUUCGAAAACAACAGUGACAUUGGAGUGUUCUCCAAGCUGACCAACGGCUACUGCCUUACGGCGAUCCAAGGCAGCACCAACUUUUACUCGGCCUUCGAGGCUGAGUUAGGAGAUGUGAUACCGAUUGUACACACUUCCAUCGGCGGAACGCGCAUAAUAGGGCGCUUAACAGCAGGAAAUCGCCACGGCCUGCUUGUCCCUUCCACCGCUACCGACCAAGAACUCCAGCACCUCCGCAAUUCUCUCCCUGAUGCCGUCGCCAUCCAGCGGGUAGAAGAGCGCCUCUCCGCCCUCGGCAAUGUCAUUGCAUGCAACGACUACGUCGCACUCGUGCACCCCGAUGUUGAUCGCGAGACAGAGGAGAUCAUCGCCGAUGUGCUCAAGGUCGAAGUUUUCCGGCAAACGAUCGCGGACAAUGUCCUCGUCGGCAGCUAUUGCGCAAUCUCGAAUCAGGGCGGGCUCGUACAUCCAAAGACGAGUAUACAAGACCAGGACGAGCUUAGCAGCUUGCUUCAGGUGCCCCUAGUGGCGGGUACCGUCAACCGUGGUUCUGAUGUGAUCGGCGCCGGUUUGGUUGUGAAUGACUGGUGCGCCUUCACCGGCCUGGAUACCACUGCAACCGAAAUCAGCGUGAUCGAAGCCGCGUUCAAGCUUCAAGGGCAAACAUCGGCUGCAGUCAUUGGGGAGAUGCGUGACUCCCUCAUCGACAACUGGGCAUGAGCAUCAUUCAUGUCUGUCCAUCUCGUCUCAUUAAUUUGCCCUCCGGCGCCUCUGAUAUAUGUGUGUAGUCUCGGACACUGGGACGUGUAAGAUGGAUGGCAGUGACGAAAGAAAAUGUAUCCGUACUUCUUGCAGAAACCUCAUUAUCCUCUUGCACGAAUCUGAUCUGCACAUGGCGAGCAUUAUCAUCAUAGGGUUAAUUGCGUAUUAUUGGAGACCGGGCUUCUUGGAUUAACCGCUUCCACCCAAUGUAACUCCU